AUGUAAAACUAUGAAAAGGAAAAGGUGACUGAUUUUGUAAAAAUAGUGAUUAAAAAAUAAGAUUGUAGAUAUAAAUAUUGUAUUUUUAUAGAAAGAAAUACUUUACACUAAUGGUAGAGAUAAACAAUAAAGCCUCUUGAAUUAAUGAAUUUAAAACAAGUAUGAAAUUGAAUUAAUAAAUUUUAUAAUUUAGUGAAGAUGUUUACAUGAAUGCAUUAAAUAAUUAUCAAUUGUUUUAAUGAUAUAAUUAGGAAAUAUUGUUUUGUUCCUGGAAAAUUAGAGAAUUUAAUUUUCAAAAUGGAUACUAAGAAACUUUGGCUAUGUUGUUUAUAUAAGCUAUAUUUAUUAAUCCAAUCUAAUAUUUUAAGUUUUUCUUGGAAGAUGGUUUCUGGUAUAGAAUUUGAAAUAAUCUAAUAGCUGUGGAUACCAUGGAAAAAUUUUAAUACUUAAACCAAAUGAAUAUGUUAAAAUUUAAGAGAGAAUUGUAGCAAAUUAAUUGGAAGAAUAAUUUGAAGGUACUUCUAAAAAUCUGACAAAAUUUUAGUUACUUUUGAAUUGCAUAACUUUAGGCAGCCUAUUAAAAUUGAAAUUCUAAGUGGGUAUAAUGAGGAAAUUUUAAAGGCUAUAGAAUUAAUGAAAAAUGCAGAUAUUGCCAUUCAGUACCAUAAUCUGAAGAGGAAGAAAUGAUAUUAUAAGAUUAGAUAUCUAAAAUGCUAAUAAAAAAAGAUGAAAAAGAUGAUAAUUGAUAGAG